CUUCAGCGGCCGGCGGUAGCGCGGCCGCGAAACCCUGAUCGCAUUUGUGCAUUCUCGAUCAGGCGUGGGGUUCAUAUUUUCAUGAGGAAUUUGCAAUCUUUGCGAGGCCAGGCGCUUCCAAUCCGGCCUCUCUUGAUGUGGAUGGGGAUUGGUGGUGGAAGGAGAAGGCUUGUGGAGCAUUUGAAAACAUUAGGGAGUUGACUAGAUCUGCGGGACCAGAAAAAUAGUCCUCUGCUUGCGAGGAUUAGAAUCUGAGGGCAAGGUAGGGAACCUUCUGUUUUAGGGAAUCCUAGCCUGCAUUUCAAGAUGUACAGCAAUGAUGUUGCAUCAGAAAGCGGCGAAGCAGAACCAGAAUGCCAAGAGACUGAGCCGCUGAAGUUCCAAGAGAAGCAUGCGGCAAACCAGAAUUUGAUAAGUGUGCAAGCUGGAAUCAUACACGGACUUCACGCUCACAUGUUAAAGGAGCAGCGAGCAUUCGAAGACACACAGGUGGCCUGGAGUAGGCAGCAAGACCAAGAGCUUGCUGUCCUGAACAAGAUGCUGUUACAUGUGCGAGGUCUGAGUGCUGGAUCAGAUGCAACAACUGCUCAGGACUGUUGUGCAGAGGAAGCAACGUGCAUUCAACAAGUGGAGUCUGCGUUACGUGAUGCUAAGAUCGAGGCCCUUGAGGCUGAGCAGGAGCGUGCACUGUGGGAAGAGCGUGCUCGACGGGCUAUGGACGAAGCGGCUGCUAUUGUGAGAGAGGACCGUCUGGUGUCGGCGUCAAGGACGGAGCAUCUGGAGGGGCUGCUAUCGACGGCUGAGGCGCGAAUGAAUGAGCUCGAGGAAGAGUGCUGUUGCCAGGCUCAAAGGGCAGACCGGGCGGAAGCGCGAGUGGGGCAACUAGAGGACGAGAUGCGUGCGGCGAAAGCGAUCUGGGUGGACUUGCAACAGCGGGAGCGAGACUGGGAGGAGACGGCCGCGUUUCUGAAAGCCCAGCUUGCCGUGGCGCAGUCCCAAGUAAAAGUUUCCAAGCUGCGGUUAUCACAGCAACAGCCAGGGUCAUUGGUAGCACCGCCCCCCACUGAGAUAGCUAUAGGAGCAAGCCCGAGCAUCGGCUAUGUAUUGAAACGAAACGAGGUUGACGGCAAGGAGAACGACUGGCAGGCACUUACAAGAUCCCGGGUAGCCCCCAGCGGCACCUUACUAGGAUUCGAGACCGAGAAGCAAGUCUACAAGAAGAAGUCGGUUCGAGUCGCGCCCGCUGGUUCUCUUUUCGUCGGAAAUGCUCGGACUGAGAGUAGGAAUAGCUUAAAACCGCGCAAGCCGCUAAAACUGAUCAAUAACCGGUGACAUUGAGCUGCCCUGAUAGAUUGUAUUUUGAUUGACCAAUGAAUAAUGACAGUGCAACGUAGGUUGUCUGGACGAGUCUUUAAACCGAGUCUCCUGGAAACAAUAAGUACGUGGAACUUUAAAGCAAGCGUGCUGCAAUUAAGACAGUCCUUGUUGGAUUGACGUAACGAGAUCUGGCUUGCAAGUGUCGGACUUAACCUAAAACAACUUCAGAAGGGGCAGGUGAUCGGGGCUUCAGGACCAGAAAGUGCUUUACAAGUUACUGGAGUGACCAGUGCUUGCAGCAAUAUGAAUAUUGACUUGAGUCCACCACUGUCGUGGCGGGACCCAGAGUUGUCGGCCGG